UUUCUUUUUAUUUUAAUUAUUUUUCCAGCACAUUCAUCAUAUCCACAGACUGGGGAUUUUUUUCCUGCCCUUAAUGAGUUCUCAAGUCAUUCCGUGAUACGCCCCGAAAUUCUGCAUGGGCGACAUAAACGAGCCUUACGAAGUACUUUGGAUGCGGAGGACGGCCAGCACGUACCGCACAUAACGCUCACGUAUCAGCAUGAAGGUCAACGCGUCCACGUUGACCUGCAUCGCAACGAUGAAUUGCUGCCAGCUGAACAUUUUCUCCGCUAUCAAAAUUCGAAUUCGCCAACAGGGCGUGUCGUAAAAAAGUUCACAAAGACUGAAAUGGAAUUGUGCCAUUACCAGGGCACCAUACGCGGCAAACCGUAUUCAAAUGUUGCCAUAUCUACUUGUAGUGGCGGUGGUGGUGUGAAUGGUGUGGUUUUCGAUGGCAACGAUACAUAUUUCAUACACUCCGGUACCGAUGGACGCUUGCAGGAUGAUCAUUUUUUAUUUCGACAUUCCGAUUUGUUGCAUAAAAAUGCAACCUGCGGUUAUAACAGUGCCACCGACGAUCACUCACAUAAUUUUGACGAAAAAACUGAGAAUUUACUAUCGCAGCUACCGCAAGUACCAGCGCAGCUUGAUGGUUCAGAGUUCAAUCGAAUUUUAAGGUAUAAAAGAUCGCAUCAUAAUAACGAUGUAAUACGUGGCCCCUACAAUGCCAACAAACAUUCGUCAUAUGUGGAACUGGUCAUUGUGGUCGACAAUAAAAUGUAUAAAUCGUUUGGAGAGAGUCAGAGAAAAGUUCAUCAGCACUGCAAGGAUUUGGCGAAUAUUAUUAAUGCGCUGUACGUUCCGUUGAAUAUCUUUGUCGCACUGGUGGGUGUCGUCAUCUGGAACGAGUCCAACGAAAUUGAGUUUUCAAACGAUGGCGAUCUAACUUUGCGCAACUUCCUCAAUUACCGCCGUACAAAACUGGUGCUGGACCAUCCCAAUGACAAUGCACAACUGCUCACCAAAGAGCAAUUUAGCGGUGGUGUUGUUGGCAAAGCACUGAAGGGCCCCAUUUGCACUCACGAAUACUCUGGUGGCGUUUCCAAUGAGCACAGCCAAAUUGUCGCCGUUGUGGCCACCACCAUGGCGCACGAAAUGGGCCACAACUUUGGCAUGGAGCACGAUUCGUCCGACUGCAAGUGCCAAGAUGAGAAAUGCAUAAUGUCCGCUUCGUCCACCUCUGUGGUGCCGGUGCAUUGGAGUAGUUGCAGCAUUGACCAAUUGAAUAUAGCCUUCUCGCGCGGCAUGAACUACUGCCUACGCAACAAACCCACCAAGUUGUUCGAGUCACCACAGUGCGGCAAUGGUUUCGUGGAGCCAGGCGAGCAAUGCGAUUGUGGGCUACCCAACUAUUGUGAGAAUACCUGCUGCGACCCACACACUUGCAUGCUGCACACGAACGCGUCAUGCGCCACCGGCGAAUGCUGUGAUUUGAGUACGUGUCGUCCCAAAGCGGCCGGGCAGGCGUGUCGUGUGGCAGAGAAUGAAUGUGAUUUGCCGGAAUACUGCACAGGCGAAUCGGAGUACUGUCCAUCGGACGUGUUCAAACGUGACACCGAAGAGUGCGACAGCGGGCAAGCGUAUUGCUUCCAAGGCAACUGUCGUUCGCACUCACAACAGUGUCGCAUCUUAUGGGGACCGACCGGCGAGAGUUCGGAGCACUGCUACUGGAAGAAUACAGAGGGCAAACGGGGCGGCAAUUGUGGCUACGAUCGCAUCAACAAUACAUUCAUACCGUGCGAGAAGGAGCAUGUGGCAUGCGGCAUGUUGCAUUGUCGACAUUUGAAUGAACGCCUGGAAUUCGGUAUGGAGUCGGCAGCGGUACUAUCGCAUUCGUUCAUUAAUCACGAGGGUAAUAUAGUGCCUUGUCGCACGGCGCUGGUCGAUUUGGGACUGCAAAGCACAGAUCCAGGACUGUCACCGAACGGCGCCAAGUGUGGGGAUGGCAAAAUGUGUGUGGACCAAAAGUGCCUAACGAUAGAACGCGUACGUGCCACCGGAUUUGGCAAGCAAUGCCCAGAUAAUUGCAAUGGCAAUGGUGUAUGUAAUAGUUUGGGCAAUUGUCAUUGCCACGUAGGCUAUACGGGCGCAACAUGUCGCCUGCCCGGACCGGGUGGCUCAAUCAACAGCGGACCAGCAACCUCACCUACUAGCCAUCAAUCUUUCCAGAACUUCAUGUAUAUCUUCUUCUUUGGCGUGAUACCAUUCAUGAUGCUCAUACUCUGGCUCACGUACUACAUACGCACGCGACGCUUCUUCCUGGGCGGCAAACUGGCCGAGAAUAUCAUCAAGGCUGCCAGCACGAAACAACCAUCUGUCCGUCCUGACCAUGGACCUCAUGGUGGUGGCGGUAACGGUGGUGGCGGCGGCGGCGCCAACAGCCUGCCCAAAUCGACACCCAGCAGUACGGACGAUAUGAAUUCUGCGCUACUUAAGUCCCCCAGCGACUCCAAUGACACCUCUGUCGGCAAUGGCAUGUUCGGCAAAUUCAAGGGUUUCACUCUCCGUCCGCUCAAUGACACCACAUCGCCGACCAACAACUUCAAUGGCCCCAAUGUCGCUUACGUACAACCCACUGUGCAGGAUACGGUGGCCAUGAACGGCGGCGUGCCACAGCGUUGCGCUCCACCGCCACCCCUAGUCAAAGGUAACUCCACGGAUGCAACGCAAUCUAAUCGCUGGGCGCCACCACCACCCGUGGGUAUGGCAAACGCACCCGCAUUACCACCACCUAAUCCCGGCUCGAAUGCACGCCCGAUCAUAUCGAUGCCGGUACUGGAGACCUCUACGCUAACGCUGCCACUUAAACAGUCGAGCGGUGAGAUGUCACCAACGCGUGCUGCUCCACUACCGCCUAGCGGUAAUGCCAGCCAAUCUGGUUCUUUGCCGCGUCCGGCGCCGCCACCACCUGUGCCGUUACAUGCGGAUCCAAAAUUGAAUGUGAAGCGCGACGGCACCAUUCGACGCAUUGCUUCGUUCUUGAAAAAGGAGGAGAAGCCGCCCGCAAAGGAGAAAACCUAUAUUGAUCGCGAGAAGUUGAAGAAUAUCGAGAUAUCAGCACCAAUGCCAGUUGCGCCACAAGGUGAAUCAUCCAAUUCGGAUUCGGAGACCACACCCAAAGAGGAGGAGACAAAAAAUUUGGUGAAGCGCGCGCAAUCAAUGCGUUCACCAACCAAGAAACCAAAUGUGCAGACUUUCGGCUCAAUGCGCUAUGCGCCAGGUAGCGCGCGCCCCAAGAGUGUGGCUGCUGCCGCGGCGGCUGCGCGUCCGAAGAGUCCGCCACCGCGCCCACCACCGCUAAAGAAAACUAAUUCGACGACUUCUUCUGGCUAUGCACUGCCAGUUGCUACUGCCAAGUCGAGCAUGGAGAAUACCUAUGAUGAUUGUGAGUUUGUCGAGCAGCCGCUGACCACCGUAGGUGAGUUGAGUGAAGCUGACUCGCCUACUUCAACUGACAAUAUUUACUCAGUUAUAGACGAAAUACCGCCCGCGGCGCAAACGCUUAAGCGUAGCGAUUUUGUUAACGAAAACAGCGACAUGGGGUUGCUGGGUGAGAUUGUAAACGAGAUCGAAAAACGUAAUGGCGACUCCAUUUACACCGCCUCAACGCUGGCGAAAAGCAAGCCGCUAAGCGUCGAGGAGGUAAAAAAUACAGCAAAAGAGUCGAAAACAAAACCAAAGCCCACAAUCGGCACCAAUGUCAACAAGGACGCCAAUGCAUCAGCUACAUCAGCGGAAGCGGUGAAAGCGCCUGCGAGCGCAACAGCGGUUGCAUCAGCAGCACAAACGGUGCCUACCUACUUGCGCCCGACGCCAGUGAAUGCGCCAGUGGCACGCGUGGCGCCUACACGCGCUGAUCUCUCACCCACCAUAGCGUUCUCCAGCUUCAAGCCGUCAACCGCAACCGCAAGUGCAACGACAACAACAACAACAGUUGGAGGUGGCGCUGUCGCAACUAGUAAAACUAAUGCCGCUGCGCCCACUCGGCUCGGCGGCAGCAAUAGCACAAGCACCAGCACAGCGACGGCGAGAAACAAAGUAUUCAAUAAAACGCCUACUGCUGCAAACUCAACAGCCGCAACACGUGCAGGCGCCACAACAACAAGUAGCAGUAGUAGCGCAGCACUGCCCUCAGCCACUAUCACAAAACCGAAACCGCUUUCCGCGAAGCCCUCGUUCAGCAGUCAAAAGAAAGUAACACCUGCGCCUGGUGCAGGCGGCAGUACAGCGGCUAGCGCGCGCCUAGCAGCUACGGGUACGCCACGUACCGCGCCCACCGUCAAGUCAGGCAACAUAGCGUCGCUCACGCAACGUUUCGAAAAAUGUGCCGCCACAAGUGCGCGAAAGUAAAAGCGCGUUGAGAACUCUUUCUUUGGCUGCUUAUAGUUUGGUGCGUGCGCUUGCUUUGCUUAGUAUUACGAAAUGAAUAGGAAUGCGCGCGCGCUCAUAGCCAUUAAUGCUGUUAUACAUGUGUGUGUGUGUGAGCUUAGAUGGUUGACAUGAGGCAAACUGCUCAGCGGACAAAAAGGCAUGCGACCCUGCGAAGCGUAUUUGAAAAUGCAGGAUCUUCCACAGAAAAGUCACAAGGCGCCCCACACUAUAACUAAUGCGAUAUUGUAAAUUGUAUUGUAAUGAAAUUCAGACGUAGAUAAGUGGAGAUAAACUUAGCAUUAAAAUUGGCAGAAAAAAUUUAUAAGAAAAAAAAGUAGACGAAAGAAAACUAAUUCAAUUCAAAAGUGAUAUUCAUUCCUUGGCAUAUUGUAACGUCGAACGAAAUCGUUGUAGUAGUAUAUAAAUUAUGCGAAUAGAGUGCGCCUAAAGCGAUCUAUAGUUUUAUUUUUUUUAAAUUAAUUUAUGUAAAGUGAAACAUUUUUUGACACUCAGUUUGUGCGCCGCAGCUUUAUGAUAGACGUAAUUUUAAGUUUUGUAAAUUUAUUUUAAAUUAUAAGCGAAAAUUUUCCAUGUUAUUUUGUAAAGUUUGAGUAGUUCAUUUUCAUUUCAAGUAUCUCAAAAUGUGUAGCGUAAGAAAUUAGUGAUACCUACAAAUUUUAUUUAUGUAAUGGUGCAUUUCACUUAGAAGUUACUGUUCUUCAGACAUUACAGGCAAGAGAAAGCACGACAAAAAUAUUUUAUAAUUUUUUGUAGCACCUUUGUGAGUCUUUUCAUAAAAACGGUGAACCGUAAUUUUUCUGAAGAUAAAUAAAGUAAGUUUCAAAUUUAAAAACACUGAGAUUUCAGACACAAAAUCAAUGCUAAAUAUUUCGACAAAAAGAAUUUACUGACAAUAAAAAUUUAUACAAAUUUUUCAGACUUCCAAUUUGAAUGGCGAAUUCCCUCAAGGCAUUUCACAGCUCAAUUAAGUUUUCGUUUCAGUUAUUUUGACAGUUUUUCCUUAGCUUCUAAGAAAUUGCACAAAUAGGCAUUUCCAAGGCGAAUCUAUUAAAGGUGGUGUUGGUAAAUCAGCAAGGCUCAUACAUUAAAGGUGGUGGCACUAGACCAACAACAAUGUUCUGUAGAUUUGAUUGUCAAAGCAAAGUAUUCAGAAACUAGAAAACUAAUCAUGAAUUCGCCUUGCUUCAUUCGGAGCUGACAGCCACAUGGACGCGGCGAAAGAGAAAAAAACAACUCAGCUGACUUACCACCACCACCUUUAAUAGAUUCGCCUUGGUAAAUCAGCUGAUUUGUUUGUUUUUUCUUUCGCUGUGGCCAUGUGACUGUCAGCUCCGAAUGAAACAAGUGGAAUUCAUAAUUUUUUUCCAGUUUCUUUGUUACUUUGCUUUGACAAUUAAACGUGCAGAACACGUUUUGUUUUUAAUUUUAAAAAUAUGCCCUUAAUGUUUGUUACAUUUUAAUUUUUUUAUAUUUUAAUUUCUUUAAUUUUAGUUUAUUAUUUCUUUCUUCAACAUUUCUUAUAUAAUAUUUUAAUUUUCUUAAUUUCAAUUUCAAAAAAACUUCUUUAAUUUUUUUUUAAUUUCAAUUGUAAAAAGAUUUCUUUAUAUUUUAAUUUUUUUUAAUUUCAGUUUGAAAAAGAUUAAAGCAUUUUUUAUUUUAAUUUUUUUAAUUUCGGUUUUAAAAAGAUUUUUUUUUUAAUUUCAGUUUUCAAAAACUUUCUUUAAUUUUUUUCUUAAUUUCAGUUUUAAAAAGAUUAAAAAAUUUUUUAUUUUAAUCUUUUUAAUUUUGGUUUUAAACAGAUUUAUUUUUAAUUUCAGUCUUGUAAAGCUUUUUUUAAUUUUUUUAUACUGUUUUUUAAUUUUUUUAUUUUUAUAUUUUAUAAAUUUUCUUUUUAUUUUUUUAUUCUUACAUUUUUAUUUUUUUUUAUUUUUUUAAUAUUUUUUAUAAUUUACUAACUUCAGCUAAUAUCAAUUUUUUAUUUUUUUCUUAAAUUUUUAUUUUUUUCUUAACUUCCAAGAAUUUCGCACAAAUUUCAUCUCAAGUUCGGAAAAUUCUCGUGUCACAGUAUUUAAAAACACUGCCUUUACUCAUGAAAACAAUAACAAAAAAAUAUUGGCAGCUUUUUACCAAUUUAAUAAAAUCUUAAGGCUUUUCAGCUUUGUAGCUUUAAGCGUUAAAAGUAAAUUUUUUAGGCUUUUCUAAACAACGACUUUUAAAAAAAUUAUAAUUUUGAACUAACCUGCAACGCAGUAUGCUGAGAAGGAAAAAGUUUAAAAGAAAUAUAAAUUUUUUUGUAUUCUUUUCCUCCAUUUUCUUGUGUUUAGAAAUAAAACUACGCCAAAGAAAUCAAUAAGUGCACUGAGAUUUCUUUAGCUGCUAGAAAUAAAUGUAAAAUAAAUGUCAACUGAUGUUUGUAAAAUAAAUAGAAAAUAACAAAUUAAAAAAAAAUCGAAGUAACUGUAACUAAAUUAUAAAAAAGAAAAAAUUCUUAUUAGAAAGCUGCAGAACAAAGUUUGUUAAAACUAGAAAAAUUUUCAUGUUCGCAAUUUAAUUGUCAAUUGUGUGUGUGUGUAUGUUUCAAAUGUCUUAAAACAAUUUGUCUAGCACCACUCGAGGGAGUUUUAUUACUUAAAAAUUAAAAAAUAAAAAUAAACGCAGUAAUAAUUUCCCUUCAUUGAUUUACGUCUUGGGCAAAUAAAAUCCAACACAGCUCCCAACUCUCCUUCCACAACACAUAAAUUUUGCGCAUAUUUCAAAUGAUUAUCGAAAUGUAAAUUCGGCAGCAUUUUUGCGUCUCGUCUGCAAUUAAAAAAAUUAUUAAAAAUACCUUACAUAUACAUAUACACUUACAUGCAUAUACUGAACUAUAUCAAAAAUGAAGAAGAAGAAGACGUAACUCUUAAUGUAUUUUGCUAGCUACUAAACGUCAAUCUGAGUGUGCUGGAAAUUCUACUUUGAAUGUAUUGCAAAAAACUAGAAAUAAAAAGGAAAAAAAGAAAAUGCAUACACAUCAAAAUAUUGUAUAAUUAAUUACUAUUA